GAGCGACGUCUCUCGUGGCUAACGAGAAAUCCCUUCGUCACUUUCCUGUGGUGGAAGCCAAUCACCUUCACGCUACCACGGCCUCUGUGCCAGACAAGCCAAUUAGCCGGGGCGUUACUGCGGGCUGCCGCGUUGUACGCUCCCGCGCGGCACAGCGUGAGCUUUUGUAGCGGGUUAGCGCUGAGCGCCGUGAGAUCGGUGGCGCUGGCUCUGGGCUGCGGUCCUACCCCCGGCGCCUGCUGUGAGACUGUGCUAACGGAACACGAGUGCCAUUUUUGCUGGGGCACCUCAGGCUGCAUCCCGCGCCCCGCCGGUUGCCAUCUUACAGGGGCAGGAAAUGGAGGAUGAGUAGAAAGUGACGUUUUGAAGGCAAUAAAUAAAAAAACGCACAAAAGCGGUCUUUCUCCUCUCAUACACGCCCCGGGACGCAAGCUUGUUUUGCCCCCGCUCGGCACUCCGCUCCGCCUCGCCCAGCCCUGGCGCGCAUCCCGCUCCCGGAAGGGGCGGUGCAGCGGCUCCCGGCGGCGGCGGAACGCCUGCAGCGGGGCGGGCAUGGCGGACGAGGCGCUGUUCCUGCUGCUGCACAACGAGAUGGUGGCGGGGCUGUACCGCGCCGCCGAGCAGGGCGAAGGGGAGAACGGCCGCUGCACCACCAAGCUGGAGAGCAUGGGCUUCCGCGUCGGGCAGGGAUUGAUCGAGAGGUUUACAAAAGAUACAGCCAGGUUCAAGGAUGAAUUAGAUAUUAUGAAGUUCAUUUGCAAAGAUUUUUGGACAACCGUAUUCAAAAAACAAAUAGACAACCUAAGGACUAAUCAUCAGGGUAUUUACGUUCUUCAAGACAACAAAUUUCGACUCUUGACACAAAUGUCUGCAGGAAAGCAGUAUUUAGAACAUGCACCAAAGUAUUUAGCAUUUACCUGUGGACUAAUCAGAGGGGGCCUAUCGAAUUUGGGAAUAAAGAGUAUUGUAACAGCUGAAGUUUCAUCAAUGCCUGCGUGUAAGUACUUCUCAGAGUACUCGGUUAUUAGCUCAUUUGAUAACUUUAGUUACCAACAGUGCUUUACUGUUAAAAAAUACUGACAGUGAAGCUCCAUGACAUUAAAGUGGAAAGCUGUAUUAAAAACUUAUACUCACAUUUGGAGGCAUCAGAUGCCAAAGGGCGCACAUCCAGAACUCUACUGUAGUAAAUGAAGAUUAAGACAACUAUUUAUGUGCUCUUUAUUUAUAGAAGUCAGUAAGAAAUGUAGUAAGUGAAGUCUGUUGUAACUACACAAGCUCAUUAAGAUGGAGAGUUCCAUGGGCUUUGCACAAAUUUUAUAUUCAACUGACAAAACUGCUGUAA